AUGUUGCAGUUGUAUAGAGUGGGAAAUGUUACGGGAUUUCUCACAAGUUUGAAAUCAUUAACUAAUGCUCGUUAUUUCAGUGGUUCUCGGUUAAUGUUCGAAGAAUCGAAGAAAAAGGAUAGUAAACGUUCGGCGUCUGAGUUCAAUCCAAGACAUCUUGGAGUUGCCUCUGAAGUAUACAUUCCUACAUCUUUUAAAAAUUUGCCGAGCUUCUGGAGUCAUCCCUUAGUUUUCUGCAAUUCGUUCAUCAGGAGAAUAUACGUAUUUGGUUUGAAUACCGUGCAAGUGGGCAUCUUUCGAUACCAAUCCGGGCUAAAGCCUAAUUUCUUACUAUGGAAGAACAGAGCUAUUGAGAAUUAUGUCAGCGUGAAUACUGCGUUCGCUCAAAGGAAGGUCGAAGAUGUCAAAUCUUUGGUGUCGAUAUGGGUGGAAGAAGCGCUUGACGCAAGGUCACGUCACUUGCCAAAAUAUAUUCGGUUAGAUUGGGAGCUUUUAAAAUUUAAUCAGAUUCCCAAACUAGUCUCUGUACAAGCAAUGAUGAUACCAGGUAGACCCCUGGAGAAUAUUCAGCUCGUUUACAAAUUUGAUACCUCGCAAAGGCUGAUUAAAUAUAAUAAAAAGACAAGUAAAGCGGAGAAGCUUGACAGGAAUGUUGUUGAUUAUGUCGCAUUUCUCUGUGAUGCAACAACGAAUGAAUUGACGUUGAUUGGCUCUCUUUUUGAAAGUAAACCAGGUGCCAAGCUACCUAAAAACUAUGAGGACAACACGCAAAUCGCAAUUAAGAGAAUGAGAGAAAGUGGUGAUCUUUUUAGAUUACCACCAGUAUAA